CAUAAACUUCUUCAAAAUAUCUAUUUAUCUUGAUGUACCGAAAGGACUUUGAAUAGUAUUCAUACCUCGUUUUCCUCCAAGAAAGUGGUAUAUGAACAUUCUAAGGUAUUUGAAUCCCACAGAUUAUAUUGGCGCGUAUGGGCGUGUAUUGUGUAUUUUUAGGUUUAUGAGCAGAACAAUAUCAUUCACGUCAGUCUUGUAUUAGCUUUCGAACACCACGGUGUGCUGUUAAAAAAAAUUUUAAACUCUUCUGCCAAGUAAAAUUCUUAAUUAAAGUGUUUUUCGGUUUUUUAAAAGUUGUAAAUUCACUAAAAAACAUUGCGCUCAAAUUGCUAAAUGCGUUAAAGUUAAAAAUUUGUUUCCUUCAAUUAAUUGCUUUUAAACAUAGUCUACGAGUAACGGGUAUAAUAAUAAGUAAAUUCAAUAGAGUGCAAAUCGCCUGUUUACGAGACUUUACUAGCACGCCACAUACCGUGAAACCUAGGUGGCGUUUUAAACGAAUAGAAAUAAAAGAUAGGUGGCGCUUUUGUGUUGUGCGCAAUCUCGCACACUCUUUAGCUGAAUAACGGAGAAAUCCACUGAAGAGGUUGCAGAAUGGCGACAGCGGAGCUGGUAAUAUUCACCCUAACAUACGUUUCAUUUUCAACAGCUUAUUUAAAUACCAAUAUCAAUGUAAUUUUGGGAAGCGAUUUGGAUACAACUUGUCAUGACGUAGAUCCUCCGAAAAUAAGAAAUGGUUAUUUCUCCCUCAAAACCAAAUGGAGCGGCCUAAAUUACUAUCAGGCGGCUAUUUAUCACUGCAGUUACAAUUAUGAACUAAUGUUUGACGGAGACAGAGAUAUGCUCUGCUCAAAAGGAUCUUGGAUUGGUAAUGUUCCUGAAUGCAUUUGGUCGGGCGAUGUCGAAGAUAAAGACUGCCGUACUUAUGAUGGUUGUUCCCACAGAUGUAACGAGCUCACUAAAAGGUGCGAAUGCUAUGAGGGUUACACCCUAAACACCACCGAUUUCACGAGCUGUGUAGAUAUCGACGAAUGCAAGGAAUCGAAUGGCGGUUGCUCUCAUAAUUGCAUGAACUUGCCUGGAGAACACUUAUGCUUAUGUAAUGAUGGUUAUACAACAGAUCCAGCAGAUGGACGAACUUGUGUGGACAUUGAUGAGUGCGCCGAUCCUGAUCUAUCUCCGGACUGCCAAGCUGGCUGUGACAACCUGGACGGAUCCUAUAAAUGUCGUCCGACAAUGGUGGGCAGAGUUGAACCCAGCGAUCCCAUCGGUUUUCCCAGAGAUGGAAUAUUGUGCAAGCCAGGCUUUAAUCUCUCCUCGGAUGGUAGCGAGUGUCAGGACAUCAACGAGUGCGAAUUGGUAGAUCACGACCCGAAUACCGGGCGAGUAUCCCCCCGUUACUGUAAGCACAAGUGCGAGAAUACAGUAGGUUCCUACAUUUGCCACUGCCCUGAGGGAUAUCACCUACUCGAAGACCACCAGAGUUGUGCCCUGAAUGGCAGAAACCGCCCGGCCAUCAUUAUCCCGAAGGCCAAAGAAUGUCCAUCCGGAUUUCAGCCGUCUGCUGAUGGUACCAAGUGUCAGGACAUCAACGAGUGCGAAUUGGUAGAUCACGACCCGAAUACUGGGCGAGAAUCCCCCCGUUACUGUAAGCACAAGUGCCAGAACACAGUAGGUUCCUACAUUUGCCACUGCCCUGAGGGAUAUCACCUACUCGAAGAUCAUAAGAGUUGUGCCCUGAAUGUCAGAAACCGCCCGGCCAUCAUUAUCCCGAAGGCCAAAGAAUGUCCAUCCGGAUUUGGGCCGUCUGCUGAUGGUACCAAGUGUCAGGACAUCAACGAGUGCGAAUUGGUAGAUCACGACCCGAAUACUGGGCGAGUAUCCCCCCGUUACUGUAAGCACAAGUGCGAGAACACAGUAGGUUCCUACAUUUGCCACUGCCCUGAGGGAUAUCACCUACUCAAAGAUCAUAAGAGUUGUGCCCUGAAUGUCAGAAACCGCCCGGCCAUUAUUAUCCCGAAGGCCAAAGAAUUGGAUCCAUGUCCUUCAGGCUUAGAAAGAUCCGCGGAUGGAAUUAGAUGUCAGGUCACUACCUAUACUUCUUGGAAUUUAUGUAGUGGCAUGCAGGAUCCCCGUAACGGGAAGGCCUAUUGUUAUGGACCUGCAGAUGGGUUCUUUCAAAGUCAUUGCAUUUUUAUUUGCGAUGAGGGAUAUGCCUUAACAGACUCUAAAACUCGUACUUGUGAUUCUUCAGGAACUUGGAGUGAUUCAGAGCCUAAAUGCGUUCCUAUUAACCUGGUUCCAACCUGGCAUUACAGCCACAAAAUUUUACCAAAAUGGAAUGUCUACCAUAAUACAAGGCGAAACAAUUGGAAUGAGCGUGACUAUUCAGUAUCAUCACAUACAAGUUAUUCAGCUAGAGGCAGGCGGGAUUCGAUGCGGCAGAUAAGUGCAUCUUAUGACCAGGUCGGGAUACCGUUGAGUUGACGUUGUGCAAUUUGUCAUCCUGCCUGAGUACUGCAUUUGGAAGACCGUCCAUUUGUGCACCAAACUCAACUAAGCAUUUAUUUAUUAGCCCGAUCUUCACCAUAACUAUUAAGAAUCGAAAUAUUAAAAGCAAAUUAAUG